GAGCUCGAAGGACGCCAAGAAGCCGGGAGAAACCUUUGUCAAGUCUUCAACGGGGAGCGGGGGGCAGGCUGGAAGGGAAGCGGCGGGGCGGGGCAGCCCCUCCUCAAAACAAGAGAGGCACCUCGUAGCAGCCGCAAAAGGACCGGGCGAGCGGCCGUCGUUGCGCCAUUGCCGGCGGGGUCUCCUGGCGGGGUCUGGUCUCUCCGUCCAGCCCCCUCCCGUGGCUUAUUCACCGCCCGCGGACUUCCCCGCCGUAGCAGGGCGCUGUGAAAGGAGCCGGACAGCGCGAUCCCGCGGCGGCUUUCCUGCGUUGAGCCUCGCCUGCCCGUUGACGGGGCGGCGGCGGCGGCCAGGAAAGGGGGUCUCCAAACGCGGCGGCGGCGGCGCGCGUUGCAAGCCCCUCUCUUCGCUCGGCGGCCCAUGUUAGCCCGGCCGCGAUGUCCUCCCCGGUGCGCUCGCCCACCCUGCGGCCCCAUCGCAUGAGGAAGGACGAGUCUUUCUUGGGGAAGCUCGGAGGGACGCUGGGCAGGAAAAAGAAAGCCAAGGAGGUGUCUGAUUUGCAAGAAGAAGGUAAAAAUGCUAUCAAUGCACCAAUGUCCCCUGCUACAACUGAUCUUCAUCCAGAAGAUACAUUACUAGAGGAAAAUGAAGAACGUACCAUGAUAGAUCCCACUUCAAAGGAGGAUGCCAAGUUUAAAGAACUUAUCAAGGUGUUGAUCGACUGGAUAAACGAUGUCCUGGUUGAAGAAAGGAUAAUCGUCAAACAGCUUGAAGAAGAUGUUUAUGAUGGGCAGGUGCUACAGAAAUUGCUAGAAAAACUUGCCGGUCGUAAACUAAAUGUGGCUGAAGUGACGCAGUCUGAAAUCGGACAGAAACAGAAACUGCAGACUGUGUUGGAAGCUGUCUAUGAUUUACUUCGGCCUCAUGGCUGGACGAUCAAAUGGAGUGUGGACCUGAUCCAUGGCAAGAACUUGGUGUCCAUCCUCCACCUGCUUGUGGCUUUGGCCAUGCAUUUCCGGGCUACUAUUCGGCUCCCUGAACAUGUUUCUGUGCAAGUGGUUGUUGUAAAGAAGCGAGAAGGGUUACUCCAGACGGCCCAUGUGACCGAGGAGAUCACUACUACAACUGAAAUGAUGAUGGGAAGGUUUGAGCGAGAUGCCUUUGAUACACUCUUUGACCAUGCCCCAGAUAAACUAAGUGUGGUGAAAAAGUCCUUGAUCACUUUUGUAAACAAACACUUAAACAAGCUGAAUUUGGAAGUGUCGGAAUUAGAAAGCCAGUUUGCAGAUGGCGUCUACUUGGUGCUACUGAUGGGCCUCCUUGAAGAUUAUUUUGUUCCUCUCCACCACUUCUUCUUAACACCUGAAAGUUUGGAUCAGAAGGUGCACAAUGUCUCCCUUUCUUUUGAGCUGAUGCAAGACGCGGGGCUCAAGAAACCCAAAGCGCGACCGGAAGAUGUUGUCAACCUGGAUCUCAAAUCUACCCUGCGGGUUUUAUACAACUUGUUCACGAAGUACAAGAAUGCAGAGUGACCUGAACGCAAGGGGUAUCCCAGGAAAUGGCCUUUGAUUUUCCUUCCUUUGUUUUUGUUGCCUUUCCAAUCAGUUUCCUAACUUGGUGGCCUUCCGUUGGGUUGGUAGGCAGUUCUCAUCACCUGAAGUGAGUGAGACCGGUUCAAGAAUGAAAGCUGUUGUUGUCCAAUACUCUGGAAGCUAACCAGGUUGGAAAUGGCUGGUUUCUGUUUGCUUUUUGUGUUGUAAACCCUCCGUUCUUUCAGCCCACAGCCUGUCUUUGGAAAUGAAAUUUUGCUCCCUGGAAAUAUCUACCGUAUUUUUCGGAGUAUAAGAUGCACCUGAGUAUAAGACGCAUCAAGAUUUUGAAGAGGCAAUGUAAA